AUGGCAUCGGUACCAACACUGGGCUACUGGAACAUCCGAGGUCUGUGCGAACCCAUACGCUAUCUUCUGAAGUAUGCCGGCGUCGAGUUCACAGACAAGCGCCUGGAGUUUAAAAACAGGGAUACCUGGCUCAAAGAUAAGCCUAAUCUGGGGCUAGACUUCCCGAACCUACCCUACUAUUUGGAUGGAGACAUCAAACUGAGUCAGUCGUUGACUAUAUUGAAAUACUUGGCCCGAAAGCACGGACUGGUGGCCAGGGAUGACCCCACUCUCGCCCAACAAGAGCUGGUGGAGCAGCAGCUGGAAGACCUCCGGAUGUCGUUCUUCACAGUAGUCAUAGGCGAGGACUUCGAGGCCAAGAAACCCGAGUUCAUCACCGAUUCACUGGAGCCACAGUUGGAUCUACUGAUUAAGUACUUGUACGGCAAAGAAUGGCUUACCGGACAGUUGUCUUAUGUGGACUUCUUGGCGUAUGAGACACUGGACUGGUUGAGAUUGUUUAGCGCCGACACGUUUCCCAAAUACCCGGCUCUCACCCAAUACUUGGACCGCUUUGAAGCGCUUCCAGCUAUCGCUGCCUAUCAGAGUUCAGAGCAAUUCAAACGGUGGCCACUGUUUGGACCCGUAGUUAAAUGGGGCUCACAAUAA